GAGGGUUGUUGUUAUGGGCCCAUUGCAUAAACUAUUUAAGGCCUAACGGGCUCAGCCCAAAUAUUUUUUUUUCGUUUACUCAAAAACGAAGUCGUUUAGCAUUUUAUACACUAGUAAGAAGGAAACUGGUUUCAUGCACUUUGUAUCUUCGCUGGCGAGCAGACACGACCAGAACUAUAUUCCGACGAGCUUCUUAGAUCAUCAUAAGAACAGAAAGUACCUCUUCUCCCCGAUUACAUCUAAUAAAACAGUUAGAAUGAAGGCAAACGCAGGUACGCUUACAAACUUCGAAGUACUCGACUUGCUUAACUCGAGAGGUGCAUCAAAUGAUACUACAAGAGUCAUAGCUCCAAUCACUACAUUAGAAUACAAGGUAUAUGAUUACUUGAUGGAGACUCCUGCUUGCACACAAACACUAGAGAUCAUUACAAACUUCUCUGAUCAGUGCGAAGAUUUCAAACUUGCUAAAGCCGAGAUUCUCAAUAUCAUCAAUAUCAGGCCAUCAUCUACUGUUAACCUGGCCUCGAUCUUAGAGGAGCCCAGUGGACGGGGAAUCGAUAAAAAGGCAAAAGAGGGAAUACUAAAGCUCGUGGAGGCUUUGCUACCGUCGCCUCCUAUAGUGGAAGCUCGUGGAGAAAACGAGGAAGAGGAAACAGAGGAGGGUGAACAAUUGGCAACUGCAGUUUUGAGAUAAUUUUCUUUCUUUUUUGCUAUUUGUUUAAGCAUCACUUAACGUUGAGAGUUUAUAUGAAGUUUACUAGAUGCAUACUAUAUUGUUUAUUUUCAUUUCCAUAUAACAAUGUAGGAAAAUAUAAAUUCGUA